AUGAGUGUCGUCGCAGCCUUGAAAAGGAACAAAGUCGGAGCAGUGGUGGUGUCUGUCUUUGACUGGUAUCCGUCGGAGUAUCCCAAAGAAGAGAGAAGGCUUCUUCGCAAGCUUGAUCUCGCCAUUCUUGUGUUUGGGUCGCUAAGUUUCUUUUGCCGCUUUCUCGGACAACAAAAUAUCACUAACGCAUAUGUCUCCGGCAUGAGAGAAGACCUUAAUGCCUUUGGAAAUGAGCUGAACUACUAUGUUGUCGCUUAUAAUACGGCGUACGUCUUGGGACAGAUCCCACUUAUGACUCUGCAAACAAAAGGCAAAAUUGCACCAUUCCUGCUUCCUUCUCUGCAGAUUCUUUGGGCCGUUAUCGCUUUCUGUCAGUCAGAGAUCAAACAUAGCUGGCAAUUAUAUAUCCUGAGGGCUCUGACUGGGUUCCUAGAGGCCAGCUCAUUUGGAGGCACCCAUCUCAUCCUUGGCUCGUGGUUCAAGAAUGAAGAACUCUUCAAGAGAGCAGGGGUCUGGUUCAUGGGCAAUUCCCUCGGCUCAAUGUUCUCUGGCUAUCUCCAAGCUGCUGCAUACCGAAAUCUGAGUGGCGUUUUCGGACGAGCUGGCUGGCGAUGGCUGUUCAUUGUACAGGGCAUCAUAACGUUACCCCUCGCUUUUCUAGGGUUCAUCGUUUGGCCUGGGUUGCCUACAUCGCCCCGAAGGUGGUAUAUGACUGAGGAAGAGCAUGCCCUCGCUCUGAAGCGUAUUCCGACCGUCGAGCAGGAGGGGAUUACAUGGAAGACAUUUAAGUAUACUCUGAGUCGUCCCAUGUGGUGGAUUUGCGUUUCGUGCUACAUCUUCUUGUGUCAGGCACAUUACUGGACAGGUUACAUGGCCCUCUGGCUCCGUCACGCUGGCUACUCAAUCGAACUUGUCAAUAUCCUCCCAACAUUUAUCGACCUACUCCGCGCCAUCUCCUCGUGGCUUGGCACAACACUAGCUGGCUGCCUUAGUCUUCGGGGGCUGUGGACGUUCCAAGCAUCAUUCGUGUUCUUCGCCUGUAUCGUGCUGUCCAUAUGGACUGUCCCUGAUGGCCUCAAGUUCGCUGCGUUUUACUUUGGCGGCUUCUCUGGCAUGGCAUCGCCAAUCCUUUACUCGUGGGUCAACUCAACCCUGAAAGAAAACUACGGCGAACGUGGACUCAUCAUUUCGUCUAUGAUGACACUUGGCUUUUGCAACCAGAUUUGGAUCCCACUUUUCACUUUUCCGACUGUCGAGGCACCAGAAUUCCCACAUGGAUAUCCAGCGGCAACGGUGUUUUUGUUUACCAUGUGGGCGAUUCUAAUGGGAGGAGUCUGGUACAUGAAACGGUGGAAGAUUAAGCAUCCUGAUCUUGAGAUGCGUCUGACUGAGCCCGAGAGCCUUGGCCCAACGAGUGAGUCCGAGUUUGGGAAUACGGGCAUCAAGCAAGCAAAGAUAUCAGAAAUCUCUAGUUGUUAG